AUGCCGGAUGUUCAUAUCCUUGUUAAUGAUUUUGUGAAUCAGCUUAAAAAACGUAAAAUUGAAGGUUCUCAGGCCACAGCAAAGCAGACAGCAGAGUUGCUUCGGUCUGUGAUUUCACAACAGAGGUUGCCUCAAACAAACCAGGCCACAGCUCUGAUUAAUGCAGUAAGGGUUGUGGGGGAGAAGCUUAUUGCUGCUAAUCCUGUUGAGCUUGCUGUGGGAAAUAUUGCGAGGCGAGUUUUGCACAUUAUAAGGGAGGAGGAUCUUUCCCUUGCCACAGCUGCUAUAGCUGGUUUGGAGCUAUCAGCUGUAAGUGACGACGAAGAUGAUGUGGAUCGGGAUGAUUAUCCUGUUUUAUCUGCUGCUGCUGUUGCAGCUGCUGCAAGAAGCACCUUGCGUCCACCAUCAUUGCAAACUCUUCUAGAAGAUGCACCUAUUACAGCUGCCGUUCCACACACAUCUUCUUCAGGGGGUGAUUCUGAAGGGAAAAGUAGAUCUGUUGAUAAGAGUUCAAGAGGUCGGAAGUUGAAGCACGAUGUCAUUGAAGCAGUUAAUGAACUUAUUCAAGACAUAUCUACUUGCUAUGAACAAAUAGCUGAACAAGCAGUAGAGCACAUUCAUCAGAAUGAGGUAAUAUUAACCCUAGGAAGUUCAAAGACAGUGUUGGAAUUUCUCUGUGCUGCAAAGGAGAAAAAGAGAUCAUUUAAGGUCUUUGUUGCUGAAGGUGCCCCAAGAUAUCAGGGACAUCUCCUUGCAAAAGAAUUGGCUGCUAGAGGCUUACAGACCACAGUGAUUACUGACUCUGCAGUUUUCGCCAUGAUUUCCCGAGUGAACAUGGUUAUAGUUGGAGCUCAUGCUGUCAUGGCUAAUGGUGGAGUUAUUGCCCCAGUUGGAUUAAAUAUGGUUGCACUUGCAGCUCAAAGGCAUGCUGUUCCUUUUGUUGUACUUGCUGGAAGUCACAAGUUGUGCCCUUUGUAUCCACACAAUCCUGAAGUCCUACUAAACGAGCUGAGAUCCCCGUCUGAGCUACUUGACUUUGGGGAGUUCUCGGAUUGCAUGGAUUCCGCAAGUGGUGGAGGUUCUCUUCAUGUCGUAAACCCAACAUUUGAUUAUGUGCCACCAAAACUUGUUAGUCUCUUUAUUACUGACACUGGAGGGCAUAACCCAUCAUACAUGUACCGGCUCAUUGCUGAUUACUAUUCAGCUGAUGAUUUGGUUGUGAAACGAAGACCUGCUACUGGGAUUUGA